AUGUCACAGGAUCAUGACAAUAAGAGGCCAGUCCUGUUGUUGCAGAAUGAGCCCAGCUACGGUCAGCGUCGGCCCUACACCAACGAAGACGAGGCGUGGAAGUCGUUCCUGGAGAACCCCCUGACGGCCGCCACCAAGGCAAUGAUGAGCAUCAACGGGGACGAGGACAGCGCCGCUGCCCUGGGGGUGCUCUACGACUACUACAAGGUGCCCAGAGAGAAGAGAACAAUAUCCCAGACCAAGACAGAGUCAAUGGGCUCUGAUGUGGAUCCCAACAAAAGGCACUUGAUGGCCCCCCUGCAGGAAGCUUCCAUGGCGUCAGUGGAGAGCAGGAUCCAGUUCCUGAAGGGCCCCAUCAACAUCCUGCUGCCCAACCAGCUAACUGGCCAGGACAACAAGAGAGGGGUCCUUUUCCCCUCCCCGGACACCACUGUCACCGUCUCCAUCGCCGCCGCCCCCAACUACCCCAACGUCAAGAUGGAGGUGCCCUCCCACAGCUUCCACUGUGCCGAGUCCGACAGCCACACGGCAGAGUUCGCCAGGCAGCUCACACACAGCCAGUUCAGUCCUAGCACCCAGCCCCGUACCCCCGACUCCACCUUCCCAGAGACGCCACAGGUGUUCUCCUUCCCAGGGGAUCUCCAGUUACGCAUGGCCUCCAUCUCGGCAGAGGAAUACAGCGUGUUUGACACCGUGCCUGGGAAUAAUUUUGAGUACACCCUGGAUGCUUCCAAGUCGCUGCGUCAGAAGACAGGUGACGGUACCAUGACGUACCUGAACAAGGGCCAGUUCUACCCCAUCAGCCUCAGGGAGACAGACAACAGCAAGCUGCAGCACCCCAUCAGCAAAGUCAGGAGUGUGGUGAUGGUGGUGUUCGGAGAGGAGAAGUGCAGAGACGACCAGCUGAAGCACUGGAAGUACUGGCACUCCAGACAGCACACAGCCAAACAGAGGUGUCUUGAUAUUGCUGACUACAAAGAGAGCUUCAACACAAUCAGCAACAUUGAGGAGAUCUCCUACAACGCCAUCUCCUUCACCUGGGACAUCAAUGAGGAGGCUAAGAUCUUCAUCUCGGUCAACUGUCUGAGCACAGACUUCUCUUCCCAGAAGGGUGUGAAAGGCCUGCCCCUGAACCUGCAGAUAGACACCUACAGCUACAACAACCGCAGCAACAAGCCCAUCCACCGGGCAUUCUGCCAGAUCAAAGUGUUCUGUGACAAGGGAGCUGAGAGGAAGAUCAGAGACGAGGAGAAGAAGCAGUCCCGUAGGAAGGUAGAUGUGGACGUUAAAGUCCCUUUCCUUCAGAAGCGUAAUGAUGUCACAACCUUUAAGAUAAUGACUGACUUUGAGACCCAGCCGGUUCUCUUUAUCCCUGAUAUCCACUUCUCCAUCUUCCAGCGCCAUCCCUUCUCACAAGAAGAUGGAGAGGAAAGUUCGGGCAUGAAGAGAUCGCUCUACGCUGAGGAUGAGUUUGGUUCACCUUCCAAUAAGCUGGCCAGAAUGGACAAGCCCAAGAAAGUUCUGCUGUACGUGCGUAGGGAGACAGAGGAGGUGUUUGAUGCGGUCAUGCUGAAGAACCCAACAAUGAACGGGCUGGUGGAAGCAAUAUCCGAGAAAUACAACGUGCCGCUCCAGAAAGUAGGGAAAGUCUACAAGAAAUGCAAGAAAGGGAUUCUAGUCAACAUGGAUGACAACAUCAUCAAACACUAUUCCAACGAAGACACCUUCCAGAUCUCUAUGGAGGAGCUAGGGGGCAUUUAUAAACUCACCCUGACUGAAAUCUGA